AUGUCCAUCACCCCAUCCCACACUCUCGUCCUCAUCACUGGCGCCAACCAGGGUCUCGGCUACGAGUGCGUCAAGAAGCUAGCUGCCGAACAGCCCAACUACCACAUCAUCUUAUGCUCCCGGACCGCCGAGCGAGGCCAGGAGGCAGCCGAAGCCAUCACCGAUCUGGCAGCAGGCACGUCGGUCGAAGCACUGCAGCUGGACGUGGACGAUGACGAGUCCAUUGCCACAGCUGCGAAAUACGUCCAAGACAGAUAUGGCCGGCUUGACGUGCUAUUCAACAACGCGGGCAUUGGCCGUCCUCCUGCGGGGGCCACCCCUCUCACUCUCCGCGAGAGCUUCCUCAAAGUCAUCGAGACGAAUGCCGUCAGCGCCAUGGUUGUGACCGAGGCGUUUGUUCCGCUGCUCAAGAAGGCCGAAGUGCCUCGACUGCUGUUCAUGUCGUCCGGGCUGGGCUCCAUCACCUAUACGUUGGACCCGUCGUGGCCGUAUUACGGGUACGGGCUGAACGCGAAGGUUCAACCGUAUAUUGCGUCAAAGGCCACCAUGAACAUGAUCGCUGCGUUGUGUGCGGUUCAGUACGAAAAAGACGGGGUCAAAGUCAACGCGGUCGAUCCGGGCUACAGAGCCACCAACCUGAACGGCUACAGUGAGGCUGCGGGCAAGCCGAGUGACGGAGCCAUCGAGGCGUGCAGGUUGAUUGUCGACACCGACAGGAAUGGCCAGCAUGCCACCUUCACCUCGACCGAGACGGUCCAUCCGUGGUAG